UCACCGAUUAUUAAAUUCUAAUCCAUGCGGAACCGGGGUAUGUUUCAUGUGUUCUUCGUAAUGUGAACACAUGUAAAAUAGCGCGAAAAUGGGAACUCGGAUGAAGAAUAAACAUGUUGAAGUACAAUUCAUCGCCGACCAAGACGUUGGGAAACAGAUAAUUUCUAUUAAAGAUAUAAAGAACAAAAAAAUAGGAAAUGCUGUUCAAAGAAGAAAGACCCGUAAACAUUGUAAGAGCAGUGAUUCAGAUGAAGAGUUGGAUGAUGUCCCAUAUAAAGAGCUUGACACAAAUGAGAAGCCAACAGCCUUGUUUCAAGACGGUGAUAUACCUGGUCAGCAGAUGUUUGGAUUUCAGACUCCGAAGGGCAAGAGGGCAGCCAUGCCAAAAACACCAAGAGCUACUAAAACACCACAGUCUAGAAAGGCGAUUGAGACGCCACAUGCCUCCAGCAAUCAAGUUUCAUCAGCCAAAACCCCAUACAGUUUGCGCAGGAGACUGAAGAAAAAGAUUGCGUCAACUGCAUGGCAUGCUGCUGAUGGCCACCUGAGCGACAGUGACUUCUCAGCCAGUGACAGUGAGUACAUCCCUAGUGACAGUGACACAUCUUUGCCAAGUGAAGAUGAAAGCAGAGAUGAUGAUGAUGAGGCAGUGGAGGAACCGAAACAUCGACCCAGAAGAGAGCAAAGACUGCGAGAGAUGGAAUAUGUACUGGAAGCAGCUGAGUUCUUUACCAAUCAGAAGUCAGUGACGUCUGACCACACACUAAACAGACUGCAACAACCACGCCUGGCAGAGAAACAGCUGCACGAACUGCUGGAGGACAUGACAUUAUCACACAAACAGGCUGUGUACAACCUCUGCGAAGAUCACACACAGCUCUUCAGCAAGUGGAUGUUUGCCCUGAGGGAACAGUAUAGUGUGGUGCUCUACGGGCUGGGCUCAAAGCGGCACACACUGCAACAGUUCCGAACCCAGAUGUUAAAAGACCACCUGGUGCUGGAAGUGAAUGGGUUCUUCCCCAGUUUGACUAUGAAGGAGGUUGUAGACUCAAUAGCAGAUGAGGUGCUGGAAUUGCCAGAUCGGCCAGCAGGGAUGCUUGAAUGCUUGGAAGUGAUUGAGGAGGAGUUGUCCAGUGAGCUGUUUAUCAUCGUUCACAACUUGGAUGGCCCAAUGCUGCAGUCUAACAAGAGUCAGGAUGUACUUUCACGACUUGCUAAGAUGGAGCACGUACAUCUCGUUGCCUCCAUUGAUCAUAUAAAUGCCCCACUCAUCUGGGAUCAGGCAAAAUUAAGUCGCUACAACUUUGUGUGGUGGGACGUCACAUCUCUGCAACCGUACUCUGGGGAGACACAGUUCGAGAGCUCAUUACUAGUGCAGAGAUCUGGUGGCCUAGCAUUGUCAUCCCUGUCUAAUGUGUUCAACUCCCUGACCACCAAUGCACGCAAAAUCUUUAUCAUUAUGGUGCGCCAUCAGCUGAGGAACCAUAAGGAUCCCACAUUCCUAGGUAUGUGGAUUGCAAUUGGAUCCAGUUGGAUGGAAUUGAGUGUCUUGGCUUUCUGUUCUGCAGAAAGUUUGCUGGUAAGUUCAGAUCUUGCACUUCGAGCUCAACUCACUGAGUUCCUGGACCAUAAACUGAUACGCCAACGUCGCAGCCCUGAUGGAUCAGAACUACUUCUGGUUCCCAUAGAUAUCACAGUGUUGCAACAUUUCUUGGAACAAGUGGAAGGGAACACAUAGCAGAGGUACAGGGAACAUGGAAGCACAGGUUUUCAUAAAUAUAUAAUCCUCUUCUUUAUUCAUUAUAUCAUCAUUCCAUGAAUGAAUUCAUUUUAUAUCUUCAGAUACUUCAGUUUGUUUGAUAAAGGUAAUGCUGUCCCUGGUGUUCAAUUCCACACUGAAGGCAUAUGGAGAGUGGAGGUAUAGCUCCAUGCACAAGCCACUGGAUGGUGAUGAGUGGUCACUGUCAUGCCAAGGCUGCUUUACACCCAGGGAAUGGGAAUGAACCCUGAGUACCCACUAUUUGUGUAUUCUGUAAUAACUUUAGAAUACUUUGGUCAGGUCUGAUGAGGUGAAGUUCCAUGUGAGAAGAAUUUGAAGUAACAUUUUUAUUUUUGAUUGGAGAUUCAGACUCUUUUAUUGUAGUAUAAUAAGAAAUAUGAUAUAAUUUGAGUCAGGAGAGUACUUUAAAUUAGGCUGUGAUGACUGUCCAAUAACCAUUUCAAUACAUCAUUAAUCCAUUAUUUUAUUAAAUAAACCACAAACAGGUUGAUAAUAGUAACCUAUGAUGCCUUAAUACCUUUCUGUGAGAGCAAAUAAAAUGUGAAAAGUCGUUUUUAAAACAAUAAUGGUGAAAGAUGGUUUUUCAUUGCACUGUUCAUGUUUUUGAGUGUAUGAAUAAAGUGUAUGGGAUUUCUUAUA